AUGGGAGGAGGUUUUCGAGUGCUGCAUUUGGUCAGGCCAUUUCUUGCAUUUCUACCGGAAGUUCAAAGUGCUGACAGAAAGAUCCCAUUCAGAGAGAAGUUCAUAUAUACCGUGAUUUCCUUGUUCAUCUUUCUGGUGUGCAGUCAGCUUCCUCUUUAUGGCAUACACUCUACGACUGGUGCCGAUCCAUUUUAUUGGAUGCGUGUUAUUCUUGCAUCAAGCCGUGGGACUGUAAUGGAGCUUGGGAUUACCCCGAUUGUGACAUCUGGGCUGGUCAUGCAACUCUUGGCUGGCUCAAAGAUCAUUGAAGUAGACAACAAUGUCCGUGAGGACCGUGCACUAUUAAAUGGGGCACAAAAGUUGUUGGGCAUCCUCAUUGCGGUUGGUCAAGCUGUUGCCUAUGUCCUUUCGGGGAUGUAUGGCAGUGUCGGUCAACUUGGUGUUGGGAAUGCCAUUCUUAUCAUAGUUCAACUUUGCUUUGCUGGAAUUAUUGUGAUUUGCUUAGAUGAACUUCUUCAGAAGGGAUAUGGUCUGGGAUCUGGGAUCUCCCUUUUUAUAGCUACCAACAUCUGUGAAGGCAUCAUUUGGAAGGCUUUCAGCCCCACAACUGUCAAUAGUGGCCGGGGAGCUGAAUUUGAAGGUGCCAUAAUUGCAUUGUUCCAUCUACUGAUAACCAGGACAGACAAAGUUCGCGCUCUUCGAGAAGCUUUCUAUAGGCAGAACCUACCAAAUGUUACUAAUUUGCUUGCUACAGUCUUGAUCUUUCUCAUUGUCAUCUACUUCCAAGGUUUCCGUGUGGUUUUGCCGGUGAGAUCAAAGAAUGCCCGUGGACAGCAGGGAUCAUAUCCUAUUAAGCUUUUCUACACCUCUAACAUGCCCAUUAUUCUCCAAUCCGCUCUUGUCUCCAAUCUUUAUUUUAUCUCCCAGUUGCUUUACAGGAGGUAUGGUGGGAAUUUCUUCGUGAAUUUGUUGGGGAAGUGGCAGGAGUCUGAAUAUUCUGGUGGCCAGUUUAUACCAGUUGGUGGUCUUGCCUACUAUGUCACUGCUCCAUCAAGCUUGGCAGAUAUGGCAGCCAAUCCCUUCCAUGCUUUGUUUUAUCUAGUGUUUAUGCUUUCAGCCUGUGCACUCUUCUCAAAAACCUGGAUUGAAGUUUCUGGUUCUUCUGCCCGAGAUGUAGCUAAGCAGCUCAAGGAACAACAAAUGGUGAUGCCUGGACAUAGAGAGUCAAACUUACAGAAGGAACUUAAUCGGUACAUUCCUACUGCGGCUGCUUUCGGAGGCUUGUGCAUUGGUGCCUUAACUGUUGUGGCAGAUUUAAUGGGAGCAAUUGGCUCAGGAACUGGGAUUUUGCUUGCUGUUACAAUCAUAUAUCAGUACUUCGAGACAUAUGAGAAAGAGAAGGUCAGUGAACUUGGCCUUUUCGGCUUUUAA